CACCACUCCGAACCUCUCAACCGGCCGCUCUGUCCCAACCGACACAAUGUCAGAACCCCCCCCACCCCCCUUCAACACCGCCCUCCUCUCGGGCGCCCUAGCCGGCACAACAGUCGAUCUCCUCCUCUUCCCCCUCGACACCCUCAAAACCCGCCUCCAAUCCCCCACCGGCUUCUUUUCCUCAGGCGGCUUCCGCGGCAUUUACCGCGGCAUCGGCUCCUGCCUCGUCGGCUCCGCCCCCGGAGCGGCCUUCUUCUUCUCCACCUACGAGCACACCAAAUCCUUCCUCUCCCACAACUUCCCCCCCUUGCCCACCUCUCCAAACCAAACAAGCACCCCAGCCUACCACCACAUGCUCUCCGCCUCCCUCGGCGAAAUCGCCGCCUGCGCCGUCCGCGUCCCCACCGAAGUAGUAAAACAACGCGCCCAAGCCGGCCACCACAACGGGUCCUCCGCCCAAGCCUUCCGGCACAUCAUUGCACAAUACAGCACCAUCGGUCUCCCCGGUGUGUGGAAGGAGCUCUACAGAGGCUGGACAAUAACAAUCAUCCGCGAGGUCCCUUUUACCGUGCUCCAAUUCCCGCUAUGGGAAGGUCUCAAGUCGUGGGGCCGCGCGAGGAAACAACGCACCGGGAGGGGACUCUUUGAGUCGGCGCUCUACGGUUCGGUGGCUGGCGGGUUCGCCGCCGCGGUGACAACACCGCUUGAUGUCCUCAAGACGAGAGUCAUGCUCUCGACUGAAAAACAAAGCAUGUUCAAAGUCAUGACCGAUAUCCUGAGAGAAAACGGGAUACGUCCCUUCUUUGCGGGGAUAGGCCCGAGGGUGAUGUGGAUCAGCAUAGGGGGCGCGAUAUUCUUGGGGAGUUACCAGUGGGCGGUGAAUACGCUUUCUGUAGGUGGAGAGAAGAAGAGGGGGGAAGAGAGUGUCUUAUAGAGGUGGGAAAAUAAGGACAGUAAAAAUAAUGGAGGGACGGGAACAUGAUAGACGAAACAACACCAUGCACAUAGAUCUUGAUACCCCUAGUUGUGUUGUGCGAUCAAACUGAGCGCCUGUAUAUAAUAUGUACAUUUACUACGCUAAAAAAAUCACCAAUAAUUACCAUUCGCCGGCCCUGCAAAAGCCAACCCACCCAACCAACCAUAUACAAACUCUACCUUCCUUCAACUCCCAUAAACACCCCCAC